GGCGGGGGGUAGAGCCAAAUGCAGCAGAAGUCGGCUAGGGUGGCCUCAAGCGUGGGAGGCCGGGAUGCAACGAAAUAACUAGGCAGCCAAGACACACGAAACAGCUGUCUUCAGUCCAAUCAGGUGGGCAGUGCUGGAGUAGGGGCGCGGGGGCGGAAGGAGGGCGAAGCAGCCGCGGCGGCGCGAGGUGUGGCCUAAGCGGCGGGGGCGUGGUGAUACCCGGCUGGGGCGUGGCCUGUAGAAAACCCACCCCAGCCUGGAGUAGCGGAGGUAGGUGACUGGUUGGAGGGGCGGGCGACGCUCUGCUUCACGCUCUCCCGGCGCUCGGUGGUUGAAAGAUGGCGGCGGCGGCAGCGCCGGCGGCGUUGGGGGAUCGGAGCCGCGGGCGGGGGCGGGAGAAGGAGACUCUGUGAGUCGGCGAGAGGCUGCGCAGCGGCUGCUGUGAGGCGUCUGAGUGCCGAGUCGCCCCGGGCCAGGCCUGGCGAGAAGCGGGAGCGGCGCCGGGAGCUCGAGGCCGGAGCCGAGGAGGAAUGUGACCGGGGGUCGGCAGGGGGAGUACGCGAGCGCGGGGAUGGGGCAGCAGGUGGGCCGCGUCGGGGAGGCUCCGGGGCUGCAGCCGCCGCCCCCCCGCGGGAUCCGGGGCAGCAGCUCGGCCAGGCCCUCAGGCCGCCGGCGGGACCUGGCGGGGCGCACCACCGAGGCCGGCUUCAAUAUCUUCACCCAACACGAUCACUUUGCCAGCUGUGUGGAGGAUGGAUUUGAGGGAGACAAGACUGGAGGCAGUAGUCCAGAAGCCUUGCACCGCCCCUAUGGCUGUGAUGUUGAAUCCCAGGCACUGAAUGAGGCCAUCAGGUGGAGCUCAAAGGAAAACCUGCUUGGAGCCACUGAGAGCGAUCCUAAUCUUUUCGUUGCACUUUAUGAUUUUGUAGCCAGUGGAGAUAACACUCUGAGCAUCACUAAAGGUGAAAAACUCCGAGUGCUUGGUUACAACCAAAAUGGUGAGUGGAGUGAAGUUCGAUCUAAGAAUGGACAAGGUUGGGUGCCCAGCAACUACAUCACCCCAGUAAACAGCCUGGAAAAGCAUUCCUGGUACCAUGGGCCUGUGUCUCGUAGUGCGGCUGAGUAUCUCCUGAGCAGCCUGAUCAAUGGCAGCUUCCUGGUGCGAGAAAGUGAGAGCAGCCCUGGGCAGCUGUCCAUCUCCCUCAGGUAUGAGGGGCGUGUGUAUCACUACAGGAUCAAUACCACCACAGAUGGCAAGGUGUAUGUAACUGCAGAGAGCCGUUUUAGCACGUUGGCUGAGCUGGUUCACCAUCACUCCACAGUGGCUGAUGGGCUGGUGACAACAUUGCACUAUCCUGCACCCAAGUGCAAUAAGCCUACGGUCUAUGGAGUGUCCCCCAUCCAUGACAAAUGGGAAAUGGAACGAACAGAUAUCACCAUGAAGCACAAACUUGGGGGUGGCCAGUAUGGAGAAGUUUACGUUGGUGUCUGGAAGAAAUACAGCCUUACCGUUGCUGUGAAAACAUUGAAGGAAGAUACCAUGGAGGUAGAAGAGUUCCUGAAAGAAGCUGCAGUGAUGAAGGAAAUCAAACAUCCUAAUCUGGUUCAACUAUUAGGUGUGUGUACUUUGGAACCACCCUUUUACAUUGUAACUGAGUACAUGCCAUAUGGGAACUUGCUUGAUUAUCUCCGGGAAUGCAAUCGAGAAGAGGUGACAGCAGUUGUGCUACUUUACAUGGCCACUCAGAUCUCUUCUGCAAUGGAGUACUUGGAGAAGAAGAAUUUCAUCCACAGAGAUCUCGCAGCUCGAAACUGCCUAGUGGGAGAAAACCAUGUGGUGAAAGUGGCAGACUUUGGGUUAAGUAGAUUGAUGACUGGAGACACCUACACUGCUCAUGCUGGAGCCAAGUUUCCUAUUAAGUGGACAGCACCAGAGAGUCUCGCGUACAAUACCUUUUCAAUUAAAUCUGAUGUCUGGGCUUUUGGGGUACUACUAUGGGAAAUUGCUACAUAUGGAAUGUCACCAUACCCAGGUAUUGACCUGUCUCAGGUCUAUGACCUACUGGAAAAAGGAUAUCGAAUGGAACAGCCUGAAGGUUGCCCCCCUAAGGUUUAUGAACUUAUGAGAGCAUGCUGGAAGUGGAGCCCUGCUGAUAGACCCUCUUUUGCUGAAACACAUCAAGCUUUUGAAACCAUGUUCCAUGACUCUAGCAUUUCUGAAGAGGUAGCCGAGGAGCUUGGGAGAGCUGCCUCCUCCUCGUCUGUCGUUCCAUACCUACCCCGGUUACCUCUUCUUCCUUCCAAGACACGGACUCUGAAGAAACAAGUGGAGAAUAAGGAGAAUAUUGAAGGGGCACAAGAUACCACAGAAAAUUCUGCUUCCAGUUCAGCACCAGGGUUCAUUAGAAGUGCCCAGGCCCCCAGUGGAUCCCCAGCACUGCCUCGAAAGCAGAGAGACAAGUCACCCAGCAGCUUACUGGAAGAUGCCAAAGAGACAUGCUUCACCAGGGAUAGGAAGGGAGGCUUUUUCAGUUCCUUCAUGAAAAAGAGAAAUGCUCCCACACCCCCUAAACGCAGCAGCUCCUUCCGAGAAAUGGAGAACCAGCCCCACAAGAAAUAUGAACUCACGGGUAACUUCUCAUCUGCUGCUUCUCUACAGCAUGCAGAUGGGUUCUCUUUCACUCCUGCCCAGCAAGAGACGAAUAUGGUGCCACCCAAGUGCUAUGGGGGGAGCUUUGCACAGAGGAUCCUCUGUAAUGACGAUGGUGGUGGGGGCGGGGGCAGUGGCUCUGCUGGGGGGGGCUGGUCUGGCAUCACAGGCUUCUUUACACCUCGCUUAAUCAAAAAGACACUGGGCUUACGAGCGGGUAAACCCACAGCCAGUGAUGACACUUGCAAGCCUUUCCCAAGGUCAAACUCUACAUCUUCCAUGUCCUCAGGGCUUCCCGAGCAGGAUAGGAUGGCAAUGACUCUGCCGAGGAACUGCCAGAGGUCCAAACUCCAACUGGAAAGGACAGUAUCCACCUCUUCCCAGCCAGAAGAGAAUGUAGACAGGGCCAGCGACAUGCUCCCCCCUCAAACUGAGGAAGGUGCUGCUCCAGCCAGGGAGAGAUCAAAAGCCAAACUUUUGCCCAGAGGAGCCACAGCUCUUCCUGUCAGAACAACCUCUGGGGAUCCAGCCAUUACAGAGAAGGACUCUCCUGGGCCUGGGGUGGCUGGAGUGGCAGCCACUCCAAAGAGCAAGGAGAGGAAUGGUGGGUCACGCCUGGGCAUGGCGGGGGUUCCUGAGGAUGGUGAACAGGCAGGCUGGUCCUCACCAGGCAAGACAGCAGCUGCCCUUCCGACCACUCACAACCACAAAGUGCCCGUCCUUAUCUCACCUACACUGAAGCACACUCCAGCCGACGUGCAGCUCAUUGGCACUGACUCUCAGGGGAACAAGUUCAAGCUCUUGUCUGAGCAUCAGGUCAUAUCCUCUGGGGACAAGGACCGGCCUCGACGGGUGAAACCAAAAUGUGCUCCUCCACCUCCUCCGGUGAUGAGACUGCUGCAGCAUUCGUCCACGUGCUCAGACCCUGCAGAGGAGUCGCCAGCUCCCCCCACAGCACAGCUCAUAUCAGGGGAGGCCCAGAAUGGAGGGAAAAAGGGAGUUGCAGGGGUAUUGUCCACCAGUGGGAAAGCUGGGAGACCCGGGGUGCCUCCACCUCAAGUGCCUCAGUCUACUUCGUCCAUCUCUCCUGCCAAAAUUGCCAAUGGCACAGCAGGUACUAAGGUGGCCUUGAGGAAAACCAGACAGGCAACUGAGAGGAUCUCAUCGGACAAAAUCAGCAAGGAGGCCCUGCUGGAAUGUGCAGACCUACUGUCCAGUGCCAUUGCUGAGCCCAUGCCCAACAGCCAGCUGGUGGACACUGGGCACCAGUUGCUGGACUACUGCUCAGGCUAUGUGGACUGCAUCCCUCAGACUCGCAACAAAUUUGCCUUCCGUGAGGCUGUGAGCAAACUGGAGAUCAGCCUGCAGGAACUGCAGGUAUCUUCGGCCACAGCUACUGUCCCUGGCGCAAACCCUGUCCUCAAUAACUUACUGUCAUGUGUGCAGGAAAUCAGUGAUGUGGUACAGAGGUAGCCACAGCCAGCCUACCAGGAAGAGGCACACAUUUCUGCGGGGAGCGGGAAAGGGACUUGUUUUCCUGUGUUCUUGUUCUCAAAAAUUGAAAGACAAGAUACUUGAGUGUGUUUCUGUGAAGUACCUCAGAGCCCUGAGAUCUCACAUUUACAGGUUCAUCUCAAAAGCAGCAAAAAAGUAACACUUUGGAGGGGAAGGGGGCAAGGCAGGUGUGCACAAGAUGGGAGCUGCACUGGAAAAUCAGGGAAUGUGUGGCACACCUUACAGAGCCAAAGGCACACUGUCACCUGGACUGGUGGGAGGUGGGGACACAGGGCUGAGCUCCCAGCCAGUCUGGGGAAUAUGCCUGUAGUGAGUGGGUUGCAGCCUCAUCCUCUACCAUUCAGGCUUCAGCAAGUACAGUGUGGUUUUGUCCAACUCAACUACUGGAUUUGAUGGGAGAUAGGGAAAGAGAGCUGGGACUGUGCUAAGGGAAGUUUCCUUCAAGGCACUGGAAGCACUGUAAACAGCCUUGCUUCCAGAGGUCCCUGCUGCUGCCCUAGGAAUUGCACAUCUAACCGCUAAGACAAAAAAAAAGAA